AUGACAGCUGGCGGAAACGGUACCAGUAUUGCUAGCGUCGAAGCUGUAGUUGCUCAAGCUCGGUCAGUCUACCAACGUGCUCGCGGAUCCGGGCCCCGUUACAGCGACGUCACAACUGCCGUCCGUGCUCUGCACUCUAGUCUUGGCGACUUGCACGCCGAGGCUCAAAACCCCCACAGCCUUCUGCACUUGACUGCUCAACAGGAUGACAGCGUCUUCACGCGCCACUUGACGCCUGUCCUCGAAGACUGCGACUCUACUCUCAAGCAGCUGGAGUCCAUAUUCGAAACAUACGGCCCAAGAAGAAACAGCACCGUCGACCGCGCCAUCGAGACGGACACCAUUGCUCCCGUUGCAUUUAUAGGCCAGGAAGAAGCCGUGCUUGCCCUUGCCCGCGCCAAGAUCGACGCUCAGACCGCCGACAUCGUUGGCGUCUUGAACUAUGUGAAACGGCACAGAACUGCCGAACUGCCCCACACGCCAACAGCCUCGCUCCCCCCCAUCUCUCCUGUACUCACAUCCGAUGAGCAGCAGUUGCAGGACAUCAAGGACAAAGCCGACGCAGUAGCUGCUCGCCUGACUUCCAAUCAGUUCUUGGUCGGCUCUCUUGGCCCCGUCUCGGUGGAUGAACUGUGGAACGUCUUUCACUUUGAGCUCAUAUAUGAGGGCUGCUCGGGUGACAGUCUGAGCAAACACACGGAGGCUCUGCGCAAGUACAUACAAGAGGUGCAUUACCCUAUUUUCGUGGGCCGACCGCACUCGCCGCCCCCAGAUAAAGGCGUUGCAUCUUCUCCCCAGCAUUUCCCAGCAUCCCUAACGAGCUCAUCAUCGGCCCCCCCUGCAAUCAUGGACCAAGGCUCAGCCAACUCGGCAUCGUUGCGCCGGUCUUCCUACAAUGCAUCCAGCCCCAAAGAAGUCUUGCAGCCAGAUAUGCUGAACGAAAAGUUCCCACUCUCUGUGAAAGAGAGCAGGCCGGUUGCGCCGCCUCUAAACGAGUACAUUCCAUACCGCCCUCAUCCUUCCACACAAUCGGCAGCUGGGCAAUCGCGCCAUCGUCGAGACUCAAACCAGAAUCCACAAUCGCCACCGUCACCUUCGCAUAUGCAGGUGACCACCUCACAUGCUGCUUCUGCUUCUCAAACCCUCAGUUCAACCCGAAGAAGCCGCUCACCAUCGUUACUCGGCUGCUCGUCGUCAACAUCAUCGCUUCAUGAGUCCACACCAUCCUCUUCAGAUGAUGGUGCAACCUCGCAAGACCUUUGCCUGAUGUCAACAAGAGAUAUUGUUGCGCUUGACACACGAAAUCGAGACCAGCUCUCAACCCGUGUGGCUGCUACGUACCUCUACCCACAGCUAGUGUCGCCAUCUCCAGAGAAUCCACUGGCGACAGACUAUCAUGGGACUGGCAAAGCUGCACGAGACUCACCACAGUCUCCGACCGACCUGCUGUCUACCUCGCCCCGGCAUAUACCCCUGCUUCCCGCACCAGCUCCCCCGGCCUUGGCAUCCCCACCACCCCCCUACACUGACUCACCUGUCGUUCAUCCAUCAGCCGCUUUCGGGAUCAUCAUUCCUGCCAGCAGCAGUCUUCCAAACUCAGCUCAACGCAUGCCUAAAUCUGGACUUGCACCAGACUCUCAGGGAGAAGAAAUAGCGCCGGAUGCCACCUGGACCAAGAUCAGCCGGCGGCUUGUGUCCCCUGAAGUUUUACAGAAAGCCGGUGUGCGUUAUGAAGCACGACCAGACUUUGUAGCCGUUUUGGGCCGGCUUAGUCGCGACGAAAUAUACGAAUAUGCACGACAAAGCGCCGAGGCGCGGAAAGCGCGGGAUACACGCUCUGGCCGCGAUGGACGUUCUGAAAAUGCGCGAGGAUCGUUUUCGGACUCGACCCAUUCGGACGGUGUGGCAAAGCUGAACCGAAUGCAGUCUAUGCCGACUACCGGCAGCCCCCCAAAAGCAGGAGCUGCCGGCGACGAGCCUGAUAUGCUCAACGGCAAGGCCAGAACGUUUCCGUCUGCGAGCCAAAACUCGCACUCGCAGAAGGAGAAUUAUGCCGACGGUGACAAGAAGAGGAGAGAUGAGACGAAGGAUGCUAGCGGGGAGGGCAAGCUCACCUAUCCUUUCAUUGUGUCGCCGCCAGCCAGCCAGGCCAGUGAUGAAUUCAUGUCAGCCGGUGCAGCCAAAACGGGUGAACGGCCAAAGUCUAUACUGAAGAACCGGAACACCAACGAGUUGCGGUACAGGGACGGCAAGACGGUGGAGGUGAAAGUCAGCAGAGAAGCUGCUGGGCGCUCGCGGUCUAGGAAGCGCUUCUCUGGCCGAGACCACGAGCACGAAAGCGACAGUGAUCGUGAGUAUGGACGAGAGAGCGGAAGACAUCGGCACCAGGACGGCAGCCGUCGCCGGUAUCGGGAGGGUGAGCGGGAUCGAAGCAGGCGAAGGGAGGACCACAGUCGCGUUCGCGACCGCGACCGCCACGAUGAUCUACACCGGGCCCGAGGCCGGCAUUACGGUCACGACCGGGACCAGCACAGGCGACGGGCGUCUGAGGACAGCGAGCCUGAGCGCGAGCGGGUCCGGGAGCGAACGCGAGAUCGGGACCGUGAUCGAGACCGAGACCGAGACCGGAACCGGGAUCAUGACCGAAGCCGAGACCCAGACCGAGACCACGGUCGGGAUCGCGAACGGGACCGAGACCGGGACCGAGAUCGGGACCAUCGGUACGAACGCUCGCAGCGCAAUGCCUCGUCUCGGGACUACCGUGAUCACCGAGACGACCACGGGAACCGACGCGAGGACCGGACGAGGCUUCGCGACACGAUCAGUGCUGCAGGUAUUGGCGGUGCCGCCGCCAGUCUCCUGACGGUUCUCAGCGAGGCUGCCCACGGGCUCUAG